AUGAUAAGUGCACGCGCAGUACAUAGAUUUGUUCGUAAUCCAAACAUAGAAUCAAGUGUAUAUGAAAGAGUAGGAUCAAGGUAUUUUUACUUUUUAUUAAAAAAAAGUAUAUAAAAAAAGAGAUUUAACCCCUAAAAGAAUACCCUUACAGUACUUUAAGAUCCUAAAAAUGAUAGAACCCUAUAUUUAUUAGGAACUACUAACUCUUCAACAUUUUUGUCUUAUAGAACUAAAGAAUUAAUUGCUCAAGAAAAGCCAGAUUCACUAUUUGUGCAAACUAAUAAAGAAUGGUGGAAUAUGGCUAAGAAUGUCUAAAAUGUAAAAUGCUAAUAAGAGCUAAAUUUAUAUAAUGCCUCAUUUAAAAAAGCUUUUAAUUGGAAUUUAGAUAAUUCAAUAAGAAACAUCAUAUUUAAGUCCAAAUUUUAUUCAUGGUUGCUUGUAAUAAAUUGGUUUAAAGCAACUCCAAAUGAUUUCCACCCAUUUGUACCUGGGUUAGAAAUGAAAUUUGCAAUUGAAGAGGCGCAAAAAUUAUAAAUUCCAGUAACUUUAGGAGGAUUAGCAAUAGAUGAUGUAUCAAUCUAAGCCUUAAAGAAUGAACCUAGAAUGGAUCCUUUAUCAUAAUUGUAUUACGGUUUCACAUGUUUACAUAAUUCUUUUUGGAAAAGAGAACAUUAUGAUAAUUAUAAUGUUUUAGAUGUAUAAGGAGGAGAAACUUUUGCUGAAAGUUUAGAUAGAUAUAGAUUAAAUUGGUUUGUGAAAUAUUUUGAAAAGUUAGCACCUUAUUAAAAGAAAAUACUCAUAGAUUAAAAAGAUGAAGAUAUAUUUUACACUUUAUAUAGAAAUAUGCCCGGAAAGAAAAUUUUUGCUGUAGUAAAUUAAUGGCAUAUGCCCGGAAUCGAAAAUUACUGGAAAAGCGCUACAAAUACUAAUGAUGAAUUGUAACCUAUUAACCCUAUUGGAGAUUUUGAUAUUAAUUAAUAUAUGGAAACACAACUUGUUAAUGAUACUUUGAGAGCUUUUGUAUCAAAACUUGGGAAAACUGAACCUGCUACUUGGAAAAACUAUAUCACUAUUUAUCAUAAAGAUAACUAUGAAGCUGAAAGAGUUAGGCAUGUGUAAUUUUAAGGACAUGAUGACCCACAUAUUUAUCAUGGUUUACCUUAAGACUAUGAUGACGAUAUGAAACCUAAACAUCAUGAUAGUCAUUGAUUUGUUUGAAUUAUAUUUUAGAUAUUUAUAUUUAAAGAUAAAUUUAAAUAUAUAUUUUUAAAAUUGUAUUAAUUAUUAUUUAUUUUUUUAAAUUAAAAUAAUAAAUAAUUUGCUAUAUUU